AUUAUUAUCUUCAAUCAUGCCCAUGGAUCACAACUUUAAUUAAGGUUUUGUAGUUCGUAUUAGUAUUUACAUGUUGCAGCUUACUGUGUCAUUUAUUAAUAUUGAAAAGUACUUAAAGAAGAAGAAGUGCCAUUUGAAACUUAAGACACUUAUUGGGGUUUAAAUUUGCAGCUAAUACACGCAUUAAAAGUCAUCAUGAACCUAAGUGGUAAAGUAGCCUUGAUCACUGGGGCAGCACAAGGUCUUGGCAAAGCUUUCUCGGAGACACUUCUCUCUAAAGGAGCUAAGGUUUGUUUAGCCGAUAUCAAAGUCCAAGAAGGGCAGAUAACUACUGACGCACUAAGGAAAAAAUUCGGGAAUGAUACCGCAUUUUUCAUAAAAUGUGACGUUACGUCUGAAAAGGAAUUUGCAAAUGUGUUUCAAGCGAUAAAAAGUAGAUAUGGCCGAUUGGAUAUUUUAGUAAAUAAUGCAGGUAUCGUUGACGAAAAGAACUGGAGAAAGUUGAUUGAAAUUAAUUUGUUAAGCGUGAUGCAAGGGACACAACUGGGUAUAGAAACAAUGAGUAAAGAACAUGGCGGAAAUGGAGGUGUUAUCAUCAAUGUAUCAUCAACAGCAGGUCUACAGCCAGUAUUUAUUACACCAGCUUACUGUGCUUCUAAAUUUGGUGUUGUUGGAUAUACCAGAAGUCUAGCGGACAAUCUAAUUCAUAUUAGGAAUGGCUUAAGAUUUUGUUGCCUGUGUCCAGCCUUUACUGAUACAGAUAUUAUCAAAUUCUCUGAGAAUGCUACGGUAUCGACGAUCGAAUUAUCUAAGAAAAUUAUUCAAAGUGUCGGAAUUAAUAAGGUAUCAAGUGUUGCUGAAGGGUUCAUGGAACUGGUGACGGAUGAAAAUAGCAAUGGCGCCGUUAUGACCGUUACAGCCCGAGACGGCAUCCAAUACAAAUAUCUUCCAAAAAGUAAACUUUAGUUUAAAUAUUGAAAUAUUAUGAAAUUGUAAUAAUUAUGAAAUUGUAAUAAUUAUGAAAUUGUAAUUGUUAUUAAAUUGUAAUUGUUAUCAAAUUGUAAUUGUUAUCAAAUUGUAAUUAUUAUAACAAACUGUAAUUAUUAUCAAAUUGUAGUUGUUAUCAAAUUGUAAUUAUUAUCAAAUCAAAUUGUAAUUAUUAUCAAAUUGUAAUUGUUAUCAAAUUGUAAUUGUUAUCAAAUUGUAAUUAUUAUCAAAUUGUAAUAUUUUUUUUUUUUUUUCAAACUGUGAUUAAUAUUUGCCAUAAGUCAAGAGCUAGCUAACAUUCCAGUAUGUUUCUGCCUCUCUGUCGAAUGGUCGGUUGUGAAUUCGGAACGUUUUGAAUUGACAGAUAUGCAAUCGACACGGAAUUCAGUUCUGUCAUUCGCUAGAAUGUAGCAAAGCCCUGUAUAGGGCUUAGGAAUGUAGUGUGAUCAGAAUCUGACGUAAUGAAACACGCAGAGCAUGUUUAAGCCGUUUCGAUUGGCGGGGAUUGACUUGUUAAUUCGCUUUUGAAAAUAAGAAAAUUCAAUUCAUAAACGUCCGUCGAUCAUUUCCAAAUCGCUGCAAGAACAAUAUAAGUAUAUUGUCGGAUAAACAUUGUCGUGGGAUAUAAAUUAAUAAAUACAAAUUAUUUUGUAAAUA